AUGGUAUUUCGGUGAAGUAGGCAAAACGAGUUAGAUUUAGUGGCAAAGAAGAAGAAGGCAUUGACUGAAACGAUGUCGGCUUUGAAGGAGAAUGUGGAUUCGCCGUUGAAGAAGAAGAAGCCGAGAUGGUCAGACGUUUGGCUCAGAAACACCAAGCCUUUGAAGCAUGUGGUCUUCACUAUGCCCCUUCAGUCUUUAUCUUCAAAAGACCCCAAAUCGCAAGCCCUAAUCCCCAAUUUCGCCAACAUUGACCGAACCCUGCUCUUGUCCGACGAGCUCCUCUUGGAUAUCCUCUCAAGGCUUCCCCGUCCGCAACGGAAUCCUAACUCCCUCGUCUGCAAGCGGUGGCUCAAUCUCCAAGGCCGCCUUGUACGGUCCUUGAAGAUCCUGGAUUGGGAUUUUCUCGAAUCAGGUCGGUUGUUCACGAGGUUCCCCAACUUAACCCACGUGGAUUUGCUCAACGGCUGUUUCUUUUCGCCGCGAGAUUCUGGGAUUCUGUUAACUCAUAGGCUGGUUUCGAUGAGAAUGAGUUCUGGCUUUUGUCCGAAUUGCAAGUUCUUGCAAGAGAAUAUGUUGCCUGUCGAAGUUGUUGACAAAGGGCUGCAAGCACUUGCCAGUGGCUGUCCAAAUCUUCGAAGACUCAUGGUUAUAAAUGCCAGUGAGUUUGGUUUGUUAACAGUGGCCGAAGAGUGUUUGACUUUGCAAGAACUGGAGUUACACAAGUGUAACGACAAUGUCUUACGCGGGAUUGCGGCCUGUGCGAAUUUGCAGAUCUUGAAACUCGUUGCAAACGUUGAUGGACUCUAUACCUCGAUUGUUACCGACAUUGGAUUAACUAUCUUAGCUCAAGGAUGCAAAAGGUUGGUUAAGCUUGAGCUUAAUGGAUGUGAAGGGAGUUUUGAUGGGAUUAAAGCAAUCGGGCAAUGCUGUUUAAUGCUUGAAGAAUUGACCAUUUGUGAUCAUAAAAUGGAUGAUGGAUGGUUGGCUGGGUUGUCUUAUUGUGAGAACUUGAAGACUUUGAAGUUGUUGUCUUGUAAGAGGAUUGAUUGGAGUCCAGGUCGGGACGAGUAUUUGGGGUUUUGCCGGGCCCUUGAGCGGUUGCAUUUGCAGAAGUGUCAAUUGCGGAGUAAAAAGAGUGUGGGAGCACUGUUUAGAGUAUGUGAAACAGUGAGAGAGAUUGUUAUUCAGGACUGCUGGGGAUUGGAUAAUGAUAUGUUCAGGUUUGCAAGUGUUUGCAGGAGAGUAAAAUUGUUAUCUUUAGAAGGAUGCUCGUUGUUGACGACUGAAGGUCUGGAAGCAGUGAUUCUCUCCUGGCAUGACCUCGAGAGUCUUACAGUGGUAUCAUGCGAGAACGUAAAGGAAAGUGACAUAACUCCCGCACUUGCAACCUUGUUUGCUAUUCUUAAAGAGUUGAGGUGGAGACCGGAUGCGAAAUCACUGCUCGUAUCGAGCCUUGUAGGAACCGGCAUGGGAAAGAGAGGUGGUAGGUUCUUCAAGAGGACAUGAGGUGCAGAAUUUCACUGCUGAAUGCUCUGAUGUUCCUUUAGUUCUAACUUAUUUUGUAAUAUAAAUAGUUUCUCUGAGACCAAUAAGCAAGUAUAAACUAGCUAAGCAGACAAACAGAGGGUCUCCUCGUCUGAGUGUCAAAUGUUGAGGUACUCUUUCUUACGGAAAACACCUAAUUUAUCUGCA